AUGGAGACGGCUCCCGUGUUCGCCGAUGUCUCGGACACACCCAUGUUUCGCCAGCGGGUGGUCGAGCUUCAGCAUGGUGUGGACAUCUUGAAGGAAGGAUGCGGCAAACUUGCCAAACAAGCCGCAAAGUAUUGCGAAGAGCUGGAGGGUUCGGCUAAAGUCAACGAGGGCUUCAGCCGAGCGUUGGUGGCGUUCUGUUCGGCUGGGAGUGACGAUCAGGGCGAGCUAAUAGGCCAGAACGAAUUCAGCAAGUUCAGCUUGGUCUUCAGCGAGAUUGCAGAUCUGACAAGGGGAUUGCAGGGUGAGAUGGUCGAAACUUUGGUUGAGCCACUGAAAAAUGAGUGGAUGGGUCAGCUUUGCACAGAUGUUUGUGAAGAAAAGAAGCAGCUUGACAAAAAGACAGCUGCAUAUGACUUUGCCAAGCUGAAGUAUCUUGGAUUGCGGAAAGUUACAAAGAAAGAAGUGGUGAAGAGGACAGAAGAGGAACUCAACAAGGCUAAAGCAGAGGCUGACGAGGCAAGGUACUGCAUGGCGCGCAAACUAACAGAGGUGGAACUACGUAAAUAUUACGAAUUCCUGGGUAUGAUGGCUGCAUGCAUGGAAAGUCAGCUCCAGUUCUUUGAGAAGGGAUACACUGUCUUGAAGGAAAUGGAGCCUCUGAUUCAGACAAGCAAGGAGAUGGUUAACAACAGGCAACAAAGAAUGAAGGCAAACAUGGCGAGGUGA